CAACUCGUCCGUAUCCAUUGCGCCUGCGCGUGCCAUCACAACAAGCGAGGGGUCGUACGUGCAGAUGACGUGCAGCGCUAGUGCUGUUGAUCCGUCAAGUAUCAACUGGCUCAAAGAUGGCGUCCUUCAAGGGAAGGGACCAACACUCACGUUUCCCUCGAUAAGCAGAGAUCAAGGGGGAGUUUAUAACUGUACUGUGAUUGACGGCUGUGGCUCAGCAUCAACGGACAUAGCGGUUUAUUAUGUCGACAUGGAGAGGUAUCCACUCAAGUGCAUCAAGUCACCAGCUGUCAGUAUCACCAUAGAAACAAACAAGACCCCACCCCCUGACAUGAUCUGUGUGACAAGCAGCAAAAAGUUACAAUCACAUUUGACCAGCAAGACUGGAAGAAGAGUCACUUACGAAGUUGAAUUGACAAGUGUAGACGAAGCUGAGGUGACAUGUCACGCGGAAGGUUUCCCUGGAUCUCGGCAUACAUUCACUGUGGUUGCAGCGACCUCGGAGCAGACAAGAAAUGGAAGUUUCCGGCUUACCAACGCCAAAUAUCCACCAAACGAUCUAAUAAAAACGAUCCUCGAAAAACUGGUAACCUGAAUAACCAGUUGCUGCUUGAGAGUUGUAAGAUCUACUAGAUCUUAGACUGUAGACCUUUUCAAGUCGCACUGUCACCAGUUUACUUCCGGUCGAUUACGUAAGAAUCUCCGAUGAUUUUUAACGGAAAACACGAAAUAUAUUUCAAAAAUAU